CGGCCCGGCGGCGGCUUCUUCCGGUUCGCAGGCUUCGGAAACCGAAAGGACUGUGCCUGGGACACCGCGCCGAGACCGAUUCACCUUCACCUGUGCAGAGCGCCAGCUGACCCGAGGAGGAAGCCAGGCGAGCAGUGGAACAUGAACGGAAGGGUGGAUUAUUUGGUCACUGAGGAAGAGAUCAAUCUUACGAGAGGACCCUCAGGGCUGGGCUUCAACAUCGUCGGUGGGACAGAUCAACAGCAUGUCUCCAAUGACAGUGGCAUCUACGUCAGCCGCAUCAAAGAGAAUGGGGCUGCCGCCCUGGAUGGGCGGCUCCAGGAGGGUGAUAAGAUCCUCUCGGUAAAUGGUCAAGACCUAAAGAACCUGCUGCACCGGGAUGCAGUAGACCUCUUUCGUAAUGCAGGCUAUGCUGUUUCAUUGAGAGUGCAACACAGAUUACAGGAGCAGAAUGGACCUAUAGGACAUCGAGGUGAAGGGGAGCCAAGUGGUGUUCCCAUAGCUAUGGUGCUGCUGCCAGUGUUUGCCCUCACCGUGGUUGCAGCCUGGGCCUUCAUGAGAUACCGGCAACACCUUUGAAAGUCUUGCUGUCUUCCAGUGCUCCCAGUGUGAACUUACAUUUCUUUUCUCCUCCUUCCCUGCUGUUGUCCUGUAUCUUUCCCUCUCUGCAUAGCCAACACAUGAUUUAAAGUGACUGAUUCCCACCCAGAACAUUGCUGUUCAGAAGCUCCAAGUCUUCAUAUUCUAAUGGGAGAGUAAAGGUAUUGUUUGAAGGAAAGCUGAAGAAAAGACUUGCUUAGAACAAAUGAGGAGUUAUAUAUUUUGCUAGGACUGCUAAUAGAAAUUCAGCUACCACCCAAAGAUGGAACGGUCUAGUCUUCCUGUCAUCAUGGGUCACACCGUUUUAUUAGCUGCCGUGUCUUGAAGGCCAGCUAGCUGUAUGACAAGAGGAAGAGAGGAGUUUUCUUUUUUAAUGAUCUUCCUUGGGAAGUACUUGUGGCCUUUAUUUAAUUUCUAAAUAUAUUUUUGGUGCCUAUAUUGGACACAGGAGACUAAGAAGAGCUUUUUACUUUUUAUAAAAAGCGAAUACAUAUAUAUAAUACAGAUACAUAUGCAUAUAUGACAGUAUAAUAUUGAUGCCUUAUGGAAAAUUAAAGAGGUGAGAAAACUGUUCUGUGGUUUCUAGAUUUCUGUAUAUAAGGGCUAAUCUUAAUUGAAGAACUUUUAAAUAGCUAUUUGCAGAACAUAUGUAAUGGGAAACAGGAAGUUGAACUUUCAAAGGGCAUCCUAAUCAAAGUCAUUUAAAAAACAAUAACUAAAGCAACUAAUUAAAAAUCAGAACAAUAUUUCUUUUCAUACUAGCUAAGAUGAAGUAGAGGUAAAUUUGGUAUAAGACAGCUCUGCUCAGGUCAAUCAGUUCAAAAAACUUUGAGAUAUAAAGAUAAGUCUUACCAAUUUGUGGCUAUACUAGUGGAUUUUUUUGAUACCUCACAGUACUGUUAAAGGAUCAAUGGGGAUGAUUGUGGUCAGGGAUAUGGCAGUGGGACCAAACCAACCCAUCAAGACAACUUCUGAAAGGACAAAAGAUAGUGCCUUCAAGGAGGAAUCUGAACCCUCUCAGGCAAUCUACCAAUCUUUUUGGUUUCUAGUAACAGGAAAAAACCUGAGAAAAGGAACUGCCUCCUGGACAGGAUAAGCAUGAAAUCAGCUCUGUUUCUGAUUUAGGGAAUAUGAGAAGGCCUGAAUUACUAGCUUUUUGAAAGGCUCCAAACAAUGAGUGUGGCUUUUAAUACAUUAAAAUAAGCAAUUUUUCAGAGACUGGGAGGAAAUGAGUUUUGUUUGUUUAGGGUUAGGGAUAUUUGAUGGCUGUUUCCUGGGGAAAGCCUGGAAAGAAAAUAUGGAUGAAUGGAUGCUAGGGAAUACGGGGGAUAUUGGUGACAUGGGACCCAUCUUAUUUAAGUGUUGGUUUUAAAGCACUGAGAAUAACUGAACUAAGGCUUAGCCUUAGAAAGUCAUUCCCAUUCUCCAAAUAUACCAACCAGACUGGAGGCUUUAUAUCAUUGUGACUUAAGAUGAUGAGGAAUUUUCCUCAGGUAAUAAAUUGUAUCCAGUUUUUAGCAUGGACAAAUUAACAGUUAUUUAAUAAAAUUGAUUGGACAUCAGCUUUGUUGAGAUGCUCUUACAAAGAAGUGAAAUAUUUACUUUCAUCCUAAAGGGUUUUUUUGGUUCCAGUUGGGAAGAGAAAGCUUUAAAUGGAAUUAGACACAUAAACAGGGGAGUGUAAGUUGGUGUCAAGUUUAUAUUGCAGGAAGCAAAAGAAAAAAGUUAGAAUUGAAGCACUUGAGGAAAGGGCACAAGUUAAGGACUCUUAAAUAAGAGUUCACAGUCUAGUUAAGAAAAUUCAUAAAUAGAUGAAAAGUUUAUUGUCAGAUUAAGUAAUAAUUGAAAAUAGUAAUGAAAAGAAAUAGGACCAUGGAGAACAUGAAGCAGCAAUGAAGAUCUACAGGUGGUCAUCAGUUUUAUUUUCUAGAGAGUUCAGAAAAGGAAAUUUGUGUUUUAAUGGCAUCGGGCUAAAUGGAAAGGGAAGGCCUUUCAAAAUAAAAAGUUCCAGUAAGAUCUUGCCUCUGGGUCAAUUAUUAACAUAGGAAGAAACAUGCUUUAAACAAUCCUAACUUAUGCCUUCCAACCUGAACUAUUCAGUACUUUUUGAGACUCGUUGUAGGUUCCAUAGAGAAAAACCAACAGUAUCCAGUUAUUAUUUUAACCAGCCCACCAUGAAGGCCCAAUGUCUGGUGCUUUCCCUAUAUCUGAUGGCAAGGCAUGUGCAACUACUUCUAUAGUGGCCUGUUUAACCUCCCAGUAUUCACCUCAGGGUUUAGACAUUAAUUCAUGAAAGACCUUGGGACAUACAAAGUGAAGCAAAUGGAAAGCAGAAAAGAGAUUUGCUUUUUUACUUGUUAGUAUAUGUAAAUAAAAAGCCACCUAUCCCAUCAUCAGUAUUUUUGUUUUGUGGUAAUAGGAUUCUUAUGCACUUAUAUUACAGGUUUUCUUGGAAAUUAAAUAGCAUUUAAAGACCAAAAUAUUAAAGUUUGAUGCAAGUAUUGCUAUUUAUUAUGUUCUUCUAAUUCUAUGGAAAACAAAUUAUUACCAUGGAUGAGGUAUCAGAAUCCAUUAUAUGGUGUAAAAAAAUUCAUAUUCUUUAUAGAUUGAACCUAAUAUUCCUAAUACUUAAUACUGUUUUUAAUAUUCCUACCACCUAAAUUAUAAUGAAGCUUUGAAAAACGGGAUGCAGGUAUUUUUAAUGCCCUGUACUUUAAAAUAUUUCUCAUACUUGUCAUGAUUAUACAUGUAAUUUUCAUUAGAUGGGCUGCUUUUCCUGUGAAGUAUUAACUUCUGUGCAAACAUCUUAGUGUAAUCAUUGGUCCAUCUUGCUAUGUAUAAUGGAAAAAGGAAGUUAAUAUUUGUUUUUGCAUUCUGUGCCAGAAACUGUACCAGUGGUGCUCAAAGGGAGGUUUCUGGGCAAAAAGCAUCACUACUGGGAAACUUGUUAGAAAAGCAAUUUUUAGGCUUCAUUGUAGACCUACUGAGAGUCUCUGAGUGUGGCAACCAGCAAUCUGUUAUAAUAAUCCCUCCAGGAGACUGAUUGGUACACUAUUUAUGUCUCACAGCUCUGAGAUCUAAGUAUUGCUAUAAAGAGACUACAGAGAGUAUUUUCCUAAGAUUAUAGAGGUGGUAAUAACAGGAUUUAAACUUAUGAUUUCAGGUACCAGUAUCAGUUAUAUAUAUGGCAACCAGCAAUCUUAAUAAUCCCUCCAGGAGACCAAUUCAUGAUUAAGUUUGAGAGGUUACCACUCUGUGUUAGUAGUUUUCCUUUUUUUCUUAGGUGAGAAUCACCUAGAGAGCUAGUGAAAGUAAUUAUGACCAGGCUAUACUUCAGAGCAACAUACGGAUAGUAAUAUACAGGACUAGGAUUCAGGCAGCAAUAAAACAGGUUUAUCAGGCAAUUCCGGUUACAAUCUAAGUUGACAAUGUUCUUUGGCAAUUGAAUUUAGACACUGUUUAAACUACUAAAUUACCUACAGGAUUUAUUCUUGCCCCAAACCAAUAACUUUCCUUGGGCCAUUUCAGAACCUGAUAUAGAUGUGGAUUAAGUAGAACAUUCUUUCACUCCUGAUGUGUUAAUGAGAAACUAUUCCACCUCCAGCAAAAUAUAUGAUUAGUGUUUCAGUUCAUGCAUCCAUUAAGAACCAAAUGAUGGAUUCCAUCUCUUGGGUCCCCUUCUUCCUCCGGGAAGAAGUCUUUUCUACUGUCCUUUAAUAAAGCUUCUACUUUCCACUCUAAAGAGAAAAAAAAAGGAACCAAAUGAGAGAAUAUUGAAGCUAAAAAGGAACCAGAAGGAUUAUGGAAUGAAUUUGCCUUAGAAAUAAGGAAAUCAAUGUUUAGAGAGGUAAGCUAAUUUAAAUUGGUCAAACUUUUUUUAAGUUUGUUGUGGUGCCAGGGAUCAAACCCAGUGCCUUAUGCAUGCAAGGCAAGUGUUCUACCACUGAGCCACAACCUCAGCCUUGCAGAGGUCCCCUUUUUCUCUCAUCUUUUCCUUUUGAAUGUGUCCACUGUAUGCAUAUAUACAAAAGUCCUUUUUAAUUUCAGUCCUCAUCCAUCUUCUCUUUUUUGAACUUUGAAUGAAGACCAGAACUGAUAGCUGAAGGGUAUUAACAAGCAUCAUGAUUGGAAUGGGAGAUUUCAUUGAACAAUCUGAGAGACUUAAUAUUCAAUUGGAUGUGUUCUUCUAAUAGUGCUAGAGAUAUUUGGUGUUUGGUGAUGGAUGUUGCUUUUAAAUUUUAAAAUGUACUUAAAAGAAAUGAAACAAGGAACUAUAGACUAUCAAAAGUGUGGAGAAGUUGAGUUCCUAUAGUUUAUGUAGAGCCAAUAAAGAUUUUGUUCAAACCAUA